GAAACGCCGAGAGUCUAGCGCAGAUUCGGGCAUAAGAAGCAUGGGUUCUAAGUCUCGACGAGACUCUCACUAUACCGCUAUUUCAGAUUUCAAAUCUGAGGUUGCCAAGCUUUGGCAACCCAAAGAAAGUACUACCACUACCAUCGUAAGUCCUAGUAGUACAAACUAUCCAGCUACAUCUAGAAGAGAUAGCGGUGAGUCUAGUAAAAGCGGCCGUAGAGACUCUUCCAGCCAUUCCCACCAUGCUUCAAGACGGGGAUCAGGAGAAAGUGGGAGAAGCGGUAGAAGAGAUUCUUCUACAGCCAUAACCCCUCCUCCUCCCAAGAUUGUUGCCGCUAAAAAGAAAAGGAGGGACUCCAGAACUGUUACAGAUACACCAUACUACAGGCAAGAUCAACGUCCCUCAACUUCUUCAACAGCAUCUGAUUCUGCGCCGCAACAGUUCCUGGGAUUCCCCGGCGUUGGAACCACUGUUACUACGUCUGAUAUGGGCUGUCAAGGACUUCCAGCACCUCCGACUAUCAUAACUUCUAGUGUAACUCCACCAGCUACUUCGCCAACUGUACCUACAACUACUGCCACAACUCCAACUCAUCCGUUAUUGGCCACUCGGAGGGAUUCUACAACCCAAUGCGGACGUCUGGGGCGUAGAGAUUCCAGAUCCCACGCUAGUCCGGAACGCAAACAUUCUAGGUUGCAACGUCAGAAUACGGCUUACGAUGAAAGUUGCCUACCACCAGGAGUUUGGAAUCGCAGGGGAAGUCAACCUCAACAACCCGCUUUAAGCCCUGACGUAGAUGAGAACGGUCGCAAAGCAAGAAGAGAUUCAUUAAGUCCAGAUUCGGCAUCCAGAGGAGGCAGAAGGGAUUCUAGUUGCUCAAGCAGAGAUCCAAGUCCAUGCAAUCGAUGCACUCCGCUGCCAGUCGAAAACUACCGACCAGCAAUCCGAAGACAAUCCACAACGGAAGAGAUCCUCAUUGCUCGAGGUUUCCGAAGACAAUCAACCACCGAGGAGAUGAUAAGGUAA